CCCGGGAAGCGGCUGACAUAGGAGCCAUACCAGGCAUAGCCGGCAUGUCAGCGCAGGGAGCUCGCAGCGGGCUGUGAGCGCCGCCAGCCUGUCUUUGUCCCAGGAAACUUCCCUCCGCUCUCUGCUCUUCCUUUUUUCUUUUUUUUAACAACAGAAACACUAACUUCUCCCUUCCUAAUUUUUUUUUUUAAUUGGAAAAAGACUUGAAAAGUUUUUAGACAGUUGUUCUUUAUACUGGAGGACACAGUAAAGUUUAGUUUCCCGGAGUUUGGCAGCGAAAGAGCGUUGUGUGUGUGUGUGUGUUUCAAUCGCUCCAGCCCUCCUCUGUGCGCUCUGUUUCGGUGAGCCGAAGGCUGGGCCUUGUGCUGGUGAAGUUUGGGAAGCCGGGCGAGCCCUCGGUAUCCUCUGCUUGGCCUCCUCCUCUUCCCUGAAGUCGGGCGAACGCAGGCGAGCGGGUCUCUUCUGCUAGCCCGAUAAAUGCUAUUUAUGAAGAUGGACCUGUUGAACUACCAGUACUUGGACAAGAUGAACAACAAUAUCGGCAUUCUGUGCUACGAAGGUGAAGCAGCUCUAAGAGGGGAGCCCAGAAUGCAGUCUCUUCCUGUGUCCUCUGCUCUCACCAACCACCGGACAGGCCCUCCUCCCAUCAGUCCCAACAAGAGGAAGCUCAGCAUGGACCAAGGAGAUGAGGAGCUGGACUGUGAAAACGACCAUGUUUCUAAAAUGAGUCGAAUGUUCAAUCCGCAUCUAAACAAGACUGCCAAUGGAGAUUACCGGAAGGAGCACCGGGAGAGGAGCCGCAGCCCAAUCGAGAGGGCUGCUGCCCCAACAAUGAGCCUCCAUGGCAAUCACAUCUACACCUCAAUCCCGAGCCUGAGCAUGGAUCAACCUUUAGCACUGACCAAAAACAGCACGGAUGCAAGCCGAACAGUUGGCAUCACCCCUACACUGACUUCUGUGGAACGGCAGCAGAACCGUCCAUCUGUCAUCACCUGCGCUUCUGCCAGCACUCGGAACUGUAACCUCUCCCACUGUCCCAUCGCCCACAGCGGCUGCGGUUCCGCCGUGCCUGCCUACAGAAGACCCUCCAGCACUACCACCGCCUGUGACCCUGUGGUGGAAGAGCACUUCCGCCGAAGCCUUGGCAAGAACUACAAGGAGCCUGAGCCAGUGGCAAACUCCGUGUCCAUCACGGGAUCGGUGGAUGACCACUUUGCCAAAGCACUUGGGGAUACGUGGCUUCAGAUCAAAGCCGCCAAGGACGGCGUCUCCAGCAGUCCCGAGUCUGCCUCCCGGCGGGGCCAGUCUUCCCCUUCCUCUCAUAUGGUCAAUCAUAAUCACUCGCCCUCUGUGGUCUCCUGAGGAGAGGACCCUAACCUUGUGAAUCUGCAUGGUUUGACUGAGCUUGGAACAGUGCUGACAAUAGUGUUGGGGGAGGGAGAUUAGUUUUCAACACCUGGGUUUGUGUAUCACUUUUCCUUUGUCAAAGGGUGCCCUUGGAGACGAUAGCAGGAACUAUUUCAUAACGAUCCAUACGAUGUAGCAUCCUUUUUCCUGCCUCAGUUACCAAAGAAACCUCUGAUGCAAAUCUGCUGCCCCUCACAACCGUAGCGCGCUAACCCACAAAAGCCAUCACGCCUAGUUGGUUGACCCAAACGCUUUUUGCUUCCAUUAGCUUCUCAAGACUAGAAUUUGUCUGGUUUGCUUCCAUUGCUUUGGGAUUUGUUUUUUUGUUGUUGUUCGUUGUCCCUCUGUGAAGUACUUUUGUAUGUAUAUACUUGAAAAGAACUGUCAUGUGUGAUUUGCACUAUUGGAGGAGGACUGAAGUUGCAUAGCAACUUUCUGGAAGAUGCAAACAUUUUGAGGGCAAACUGCUGAAAGAAAAAAAAAGGGUUUAAGGAUGACAUUUCUAUCAGUUUGAUUGUUCUUAAAGCAAAACAGCUUAGAAGGGGAAGUCUCAUACAGGUUAUAGGCCUUUCUCUUGUAGAUUUCAGGUGCUUAGUGCUUGCAACUGGACUGCAUCCUGUACAGAACACGGGCAUUGUUUCCUGAACACUGCAGUUUGUUAGCGCAGAGCCGCGGCCAGAGGGCUCCAUAGUGCUUCCCCACGCAUGCGUUCCGAGCAGUAGCUGGCAUCUAUCCGUGUAGGCAGCAGCGUAGCUAGUGGCUUUGCUCCAGAAGUAGUUGUUUUUUGUCAGUAACAACCCUAGGUAUACUUACUGCUGGUACAGUUGUACUCUAUGAUAUUUGUAUUUGAUAUUCACUUUAGCAGUGGCCAGCAAGCGAGGACAGCCUCGGGACAGCCCUUGAAGGAGGCAUGUUGGAGACAGAGGACGUGAUGGCCCUUGUGCCACACAGCCCCAGUCUCUGCCUGCGGUGCUGGCUGCUGGGCAGGAACUCGCUCGCUGGGACUGAGUCUGUGUGACCCACCCUUACCUGGCUGCAGACACCACUGCCUGUCCUGGCUCGACAGCAGAUGGCUGCAGCUGGUGCCGUAGGACUUUUGGUGGUGUUGAGCUUGCUGUUAGCCUGGGCCGGGUGGCAGCAGCGUACAUUCCUCCAGUAGAGAGCCUUCUGCAGCUGUUACACUCUUAUUAUCAUUUGCUAGACAAGUAGCUACUAACUAGACGUUAGGCAGUAGAGGCAGGUGCUAGCACUACCAGCUUCUCUUCUUGUUCAGUAACCGCUCUCCCUAAACAUUCCAUCUUCCCAGUACAGUUGCAACUAGGGCUUUUUUAUCAUACUGGGUUGCCUGAGGAUUGGUUCCGUGUGGGAAGUCAGAACUCGUUGGCUGAUGAGCAACACGUGAUGUAUUAUGGGCUAUGUUACAGUAUUGGGUCCACUGUGGCUUCUGUUUUACCUUCUGUUUUUCAAAGUUAAGCUAUUUAAUUUGGAAGAGGUGCAGGGUAAAGAGACCUGGAGAUUGGCUCUUACUCUUGUGGAGAAGGUGGCUGCUCAAUUUUCUGUAAAGACACACAAACACCCCCACCUACGCCCCAGUUUCACACAUUUCACUACCACCUUACUGGGUAGUCAACGCUUAACUCGCUUUGGCAUUCAGUACCCUACUCUCUGUAGGAAGAUUGUUAAAAGAACACUUUUUUUAUAUAGGUAACUUUAAGACCAUCGUUACGCUGUGCGUAAAGAAUGUACAGAGAAAUUUGUAGGUAUUUUUUGAGGAACAAUUAAUUUGUUAAUGAUAUGUAGCUAUUUAAUUUUUUCCCUUUUCCUUUAUUGUAAUCAUUCAUUUAUUAUUUUUUUUUUUCUGUGUUUGGAGAAAAAAAGUUGAUCUUUUUUGUUUUGUUGUAGAUUUGUCUGUAAUACAGUAAAAGUGCAGGAACACAGUUAUUCUAUGAGGACACUGCAUUAGCAUUAAUAGCCACUAGUUUGUUAUUGCUACAGGCUACUGAGCGUUGUAACAGUAAAAUACUAAUACUGUAGAUGGACUCUGUGGAAAAUGUGACUCCUCUUUCUUUGUUCAACAGGAAUAAGAUAAUGUUUUUAAAGCUAAUAUUUUCAGUAAUAGCUGUUUUACAAGGUAUACAUUUACUUAUCUGAGAUAGGUAAAUGGAUUUGAGGGCAAUAACAAUUUAAUGUGCUAUGUCCAGUUAAAAACCAUUUGUGCGACACAAAUGAUGUCACGAAAGCCAAAGGGUCGGGGGGAGGUGGCAGGAAACUAAACUGAACUCACCGUCACGCCACGUGGUGAGGCUUCUUCACAGAGUCGGGUUAUCUACAGCUCAGUUUGAGAGUCUCUCUGUGUUUGUAAAUCUGUAAUAUACCCUUUCUUUGUGGCCUUGUUUCACCUGGAGAAAAAAAAAGGUUUGGCAGGCCAUCUUUUUUUUUGUACUUAAAAGUAGCCUUAAAGAACAAUAAAGUGCUCUUAAAUCA